UCUUCUCCCCAUCUCCAUUUUUUUCCUCCCAUUGUUUUUGCAUUUUAGUCCCUCAGGAAGCUGCGAUUUUGUGUCCGAUCCGUCGGCUCGAUUCUGCGCGUGCUUCGCUUCGAUCGAGCGCGCCGGCCGUUGGAAGAUCCCUGCGAGGCUCCUCGUUUGGCGGGUGCGAAUCUGAGCUCGAUUCUGUUUCUUCCCGCACAAAUCUCGUCUUUUUUGGUAUAGAUUUGGCCUGUGGGCGCCCGUCUAGGCGUUUCUCGUGGGUUUCGGCUUUGUUUUCGCCGAUUUGCUGGUGGAUUUGGUGUUCUAGGCCUGUCAAGUUCGGAUCUUGUGCGCAAGUUGCAGCAUUAGGAACCCUCAAAUUGGGGAUUUUGUGUGGAUUAGCUGCGGUUCUCGGUUUUCGGGUUACAAGGGCGCAGCCUACGGAGGAAGCUUCUCAAGGUUGCCUUUGGGAGGAGCUCUUCCACUUCUGGGGGUUUCAGUGGACGCGGUUGAGAGAUUAGCUUCAGGAGUAGUCUGGCAAUCUCGUUUAUUGCGUGUUUUUUUGGUUACAAGGCUUGGGUGUCAAGUCUGGUGGUGGAAGCCCUCAGGCUGGAGAUUUCCUGCCAUCUCCAAGGCUGCUGAUUUCCCCCUCCCAGGAAGCCAAGUAAGGGCUUUCUUCUGGAGGAGCUCUUCCAGUUCCAUAAGUUUGCGCACCACUACUAUUUAAUCUCAAUUUGCAUCCAAGAGAUUCACAAUUGUGUGAGACUGGGAACUCCAGAAUUGAUUGGGACAAGGUGUUCUAGGAAUGGGGAAUCAAUGCCCAAACGGGACUCUUGGGAGUGACUACUACAAUCGUCCCGCUUCUAGGUUCGCUGAUGGAUACCUCGAGGAAGAUAGCUACUCCGACUUGAAGAAGUUUGAGAAGCCAUGGCCUGAGGUGAACUCAUUUAAGCCCACUGCUGCUGGUAUUCUUAAGCGGGGAUUGGAUCCGACGUCUAUCACCGUCCUUGAAAGGAAGACAGCCGACCUAAGGGAACAUUAUAUAAUUGGUCGGAAGCUUGGUCAAGGGCAGUUUGGCACAACAUACCUCUGCACCGAGAUCAGUACAGGGUGUGAGUAUGCAUGCAAGACCAUCCCAAAGCGCAAGCUCAUCACCAAGGAGGAUGUUGAGGAUGUGCGCCGUGAGAUCCAGAUAAUGCACCAUUUGUCUGGCCACAAGAAUGUUGUUGCAAUCAAAGAUGUUUAUGAGGACGGGCAGGCGGUGCACAUUGUGAUGGAGCUCUGUGCUGGUGGGGAGCUUUUUGACCGAAUUCAGGAGAAGGGGCAUUACAGCGAGCAGAAGGCUGCAGAGCUUAUAAGAAUCAUUGUUAGCAUAGUGGCUAUGUGCCAUUCACUAGGGGUGAUGCACCGUGAUCUAAAGCCAGAAAACUUCCUCCUUUUGGACAAAGAAGAUGACCUGUCAAUAAAAGCAAUUGAUUUUGGUCUAUCUGUGUUCUUCAAACCAUGUCAGGUUUUCACUGAGUUGGUUGGAAGUCCAUAUUAUGUUGCUCCUGAAGUACUGCACAAACGUUAUGGACCAGAAGCUGAUGUGUGGUCAGCUGGAGUGAUACUCUAUGUAUUGCUUAGUGGGGUGCCACCUUUUUGGGCAGAGACACAACAAGGAAUAUUUGAUGCUGUCCUUAAGGGGCACAUUGAUUUUGACUCGGACCCAUGGCCUAAGAUAUCUGAAAGUGCAAAGAAUCUUAUAAGAAAGAUGCUCUGCCCUUGCCCUUCGGAGCGUCUGAAAGCCCAUGAAGUACUACGCCAUCCUUGGAUUUGUGAAAAUGGAGUGGCCACUGAUCAAGCUCUUGACCCCAGUGUUCUCUCUCGGCUGAAACAAUUCUCUGCAAUGAACAAGUUAAAGAAGUUGGCUCUGAGGGUGAUUGCUGAACGGCUUUCCGAGGAGGAGAUUGCUGGGUUAAGACAAAUGUUCAAAGCAGUGGAUGUUAAAAAUAGAGGUGUAAUUACUCUUGGUGAGCUUAGAGAAGGGUUAAGAAGAUACGGUACUGAAUUGGAGGAUAGAGAAAUUAGUGAUAUAGUGGAAGCGGCUGAUAAAGACAAUAAUGUGACCAUCAAUUAUGAAGAAUUUAUUGCUGCAACUGUGCCUCUUAACAAAAUAGAGCGUGAAGAGCACUUGAUGGCAGCUUUUACUUACUUCGACAAAGAUGGAAGUGGUUAUAUCACAGUUGACAAGCUUCAACGAGCUUGUGGAGAACAUAACAUGGAGGACUCUUUCCUGGAAGAGAUAAUUUUAGAAGUUGACCAAAACAAUGACGGUCAAAUUGACUACGCCGAAUUCGUAGCCAUGAUGCAAGGCAACAAAGUUGGACUUGGGUGGCAACCAAUGUAAACCACUUUGAAUGUAACCUUGAGAGAUGCACCUCAAGUACACUGAUGCAUACGUGAUGUACAGAUUUUGUUCUCUUUUCUUAUUCAUCAUUUCUCCACAGCCCGAAUUCGGGCUGACAUGUACGAGAAGAGAGCAAAUCAAUUCAUUAGUAGUAGUAUUUAUCCCAAAGAAGUGUGGGCUGUCAAGUAGUAUAUAGUUUGUUAUGAGAGACAUAUAUGUAGCAGCGGUAUAUGUUCAUGUAGUUGCAAUCAUGUCCAGCGAUUCAAAAUACCAAAAGAGGCGCAUUCGGUUUGUUCUC